CCCCCCCUCUCUCUCUCCCACCGAACUUUCUCCUGGAACUGUCGCUUGACACGCGCUGUUCACCAUGUCCACGCCGUCGACAGCCACCGUGACGCAUCCUUCGCACCAUCAACAACACUACGGAUACCCUCAUCACCACCCAUCGUACCCAUCCAACACUGCAUACCCAACGGCGACGGCAUCGACAGCGACGAUGUCGACCUCGGCGACCACGGGGCCGUCUCUUCUCUCCCACCAGUACGCCUACGCCGUCAAUCCCCCGUCGACCUCCCUGCCCUUUGCUCCCUCCGCCGCCCCGGCCGCCGCCUCGACGGCUGCUCCCACAACUCCCACAGCGGCCACGAUGCCUUCUCAGAGCGGAAGGAAGGCGAAGAAACCCGACUGGGGGGAAUUUUACAAAAACGGCCUCCCCAAGGAGGUGAUCGUGAUAGAUGACAGUCCGCCGCCGGGCCAGCAGAGGACUGCGGUCGCCGCGGCUGCGGCGAGUGGUCCACUGCCACAGCCGGCUGGCAAGAAGAGGCGGACCGGCCUGGAGUCGGCCUACGAUCUGGGAUACUACGAUCGCCCGGCGUUCUCCAUCAAUCCCCAGCAGUAUGGAGAUGAGUCGUCGGCCGGCUCGCUCUCCACGGACCGCACCACCUCGCUGCACACUACGGCUCCCACCUCGCUAGGCUCGCAGGGCAGCACCGCGGGUGCCAGCAACGGCGCCUACUACGAGGAGGCCAAUGUCGGUCAGAAGCGCAAGCGUGUGACGACACGCAAAUCCGCUCGCGAGGAACAGAAACGUCGCGAGCUUGAAACCGCCGGCGAUGCCUUUAUGAGCUAUAUCCCGCCGCCCAAACCCCCGAUCAAGGCCAAAGAUGUCCCAGUACCAGUCAUUCGUGAUUUUUCCAUCAAUAGAAAUGACAAAUUCGACGACGAUGAUGGCCAUUAUAUCGUCACUCCCGAGACUCCUCUGACGGAUCGAUAUUCGAUUAUCAAAUUAUUAGGCCAGGGAACGUUUGGAAAGGUCGUCGAGGCCUAUGAUAAGCAAAAGGGGACUCACUGUGCGGUCAAGAUCAUCCGGUCGAUCCAGAAAUACCGCGAUGCCUCUCGGAUCGAACUGCGCGUGCUCUCCACCCUGGCGUCAAAUGACAAGAACAACCGCAACAAAUGCAUCCAUUUGCGUGACUGCUUCGACUUUCGCAACCAUAUCUGCAUUGUGACGGAUCUCCUGGGGCAAAGUGUCUUUGAUUUUUUGAAAAGCAACGGUUUUGUUCCCUUCCCCAGUACGCAGAUUCAAAAUUUUGCUCGUCAGCUUUUUACAAGCGUGGCCUUUCUUCAUGACCUCAACCUGAUCCAUACCGACCUGAAACCCGAAAACAUCCUCCUGGUCAGCAACGCCUAUCAGACCUUCACCUACAACCGCACCAUCCCUUCCUCAUCCCAUGCCACUUCCCGUAAUGCUCGCCAACGGCGGGUUCUUCUUGACAGUGAGAUCCGCCUGAUCGACUUCGGAUCGGCCACCUUUGAUGAUGAAUACCAUUCGUCCGUGGUAUCGACCCGGCAUUACCGUGCUCCCGAGAUUAUUCUUAAUCUGGGAUGGAGUUUUCCGUGCGACAUCUGGAGUAUUGGCUGCAUCCUCGUCGAGUUUUUCACGGGCGAUGCUCUGUUCCAGACCCAUGACAACCUGGAGCAUCUAGCGAUGAUGGAAGCCGUCAUCGGACACAAGAUCGAUGCCAAGCUGGUGCGACAGGUGAUGCAGGGUGGCCGUGCUGGCAGUCAAAACCAAGCCGCCAAGUACUUCAACCGGAACAAACUAGAUUACCCUAAUGACGAAACGACAAGAGCCUCGCGGAAAUACGUGCGAGCUAUGAAACGCCUCGACGAUUUCAUCCCUACGAACACGCCUUUCAACCGACAAUUCUUUGAUCUCCUGCAGAAGAUCUUCGUCUAUGAUCCGAAGAUGCGUAUUACUGCUAAGCAGGCACUGAAACACCCGUGGUUCAAAGAAACCCUCAUCGAUGAUGGAACGGAAGCUCUCCGGAUCGGAUACCAGCUCCAGCGCAGCGGGCGGCCACGAGGAUGAUCUGUCCCCUCUUCCCCAAGCAGAUCUCUCUUGUUUUCCCUCUCCUCAUUCGGCCACCCAUUCGUGUUGUAACGGUAUUUGCUAUGGAUAGAGGACCUCUUUUUUUUUUCUUUUUCUUUUUUUUUUUUCUUGGUUAAUGGGUGUCGGAUGGUGCAGUGUGUUCCACGAGGAUCUUCGAGACUAUCGCGACGCGUUAUGAAAAUAUUUUAUCCUUGUCCCUUCAUUUUUCUUAUUUUUCUCAUUUCUGCACUUUUAUUUCUGCCGGGGAUGGAGUUGCAUGUUUUUACUUCUAUGAUUUCGGGGGACGGAUCUAUGGCACACCGCGAGGAGAUUACCAGAGUCGACUUCUAUUUAUCCGGUUAUUAUUCUUCAGCAUUCAUUUGUGAUAUGAACAGUGGCGCUGGGUUUCUUGCAUGGUGCUCUCUAUUCAGCAUGUUAGAUAAUUAUGAGUUCUGCUUGUGCAGUUACUGUGGUCUAACCACUUGGUCGAUGACGCAC